CCGGAAGUUUCUUAGCUGUGGGACUGCUGAGAAGAGUUCCGCACGUGGGUCGUUGUUUCGCGUCGCUCACCGAGAUGGAGACAGCCCCCAAGCCGGGCAAGGGUGUCCCACCCAAGAAGGACAGCCCUCAGGCCAAGAGGAAGAAACCGUGGCGGUACUGGGAGGAGGAUGUCACCCCUGCCGCCCCCGCGGGGCCGCCUCGGAAGAAGGCCAGGGCUCGGGAGCCGCGACCCCCGAGGUCCAAGGGCGUGCGCGGCGCCCCGAAGUCUCACUUCGGCCGGAAGCCCCAAGCCCCCAAGAACGUCUCGGACCGGAAGAAGCCGCGGCGGACCUUGUCUGGGGCCCAGGACCCGUUCCCAGGACCCGCCCCCGCGCCCGCGGAGGUGGCCCGGAAGUUCUGCCGCAUUGACAAGUCCAAGAAGCUCCCCCAUUCAAAGCCAAAAACCCGCACCAAACUUGAGACAGCUGAAGCGCAGGAGGAGGAGGCAAGCGUCAGAGCUGCCCGGGCCGAGCUGCUGCUUGCUGAGGAACCUGGGUUCCUGGAAGGAGAAGAUGGCGAAGACACAGCCAAGAUACUGCAGACAGACAUCGUGGAGGCCGUGGACAUUGCAAGCGCUGCCAAGCACUUCGACCUGAACCUGAGGCAGUUUGGACCCUAUAGACUGAACUACUCUCGAACAGGAAGACACCUGGCAUUAGGAGGUCGUCGGGGCCAUGUGGCUGCCCUCGAUUGGGUGACAAAGAAGCUCAUGUGUGAGAUCAAUGUCAUGGAAGCGGUGCAGGACAUCCACUUUCUCCAUUCUGAGACUUUGCUCGCUGUGGCUCAGAACCGCUGGCUUUACAUCUACGACAACCAGGGCAUUGAGCUCCAUUGCAUCCGUCGCUGUGACCGAGUAACUCGACUUGAAUUCCUCCCCUUCCACUUCCUCCUGGCCACCGCUUCAGAGACGGGGUUUCUGACCUACCUGGACGUGUCAGUGGGGAAGAUUGUGACAGCUCUCAAUGCUCGGGCUGGCCGGCUCAGCGUCAUGGCGCAGAACCCUUACAAUGCUGUGAUUCACCUGGGACACAGUAACGGCACCGUGUCUUUGUGGAGUCCAGCUGUGAAGGAACCACUGGUCAAGACUCUGUGUCACCGUGGUGCAGUGCGGGCUGUGGCAGUGGAUCCCACAGGCACGUACAUGGCCACUUCCGGCCUGGACCACCAGCUGAAAAUCUUUGACUUGCGAGGGACAUUCCAGCCCCUGAGUGCCCGGACCCUGCCCCAGGGAGCAGGACAUCUGGCCUUCUCCCAGCGGGGACUGUUAGUUGCAGGCAUGGGUGAUGUGGUCAACAUAUGGGCAGGACCGGGCAAGGCCAGCCCCCCCACCCUGGAACAGCCCUACCUCACCCACCGACUCUCGGGCCAUGUGCAUGGCCUGCAGUUCUGCCCCUUUGAGGACGUGUUGGGGGUGGGACACAGUGGAGGCAUGACCAGCAUGCUGGUCCCUGGGUCUGCUGAGCCCAACUUCGAUGGUUUGGAGAAUAACCCUUACAGAAGCCGGAAGCAGCGCCAGGAAUGGGAGGUGAAGGCGCUACUGGAAAAGGUACCUGCAGAGCUCAUCUGUCUGGACCCCCGAGCCCUGGCAGAGGUGGAUGUGGUUACUCUGGAGCAGCAGAAGAAGGAGCGGAUAGAGAGAUUGGGCUAUGACCCUGAUGCCAAGGCCGCCUUCCAACCCAAGGCAAAGCAGAAGGGCCGAAGCUCCACAGCCAGCCUGGUGAAGAGGAAGAAGAAGGUCAUGGAGCAGGAACACAGGGACAAAGUCCGGCAGAGCCUCAAGGAGGAGCAGCAGCAGCAGCAGCAGCGACAGAAGCAGAAGACAGCCAAGCCCACUGGAACCCGCCCUUCUGCACUGGAUAGAUUUGUGCGAUGAGCCAGAGACGGCAUUCCCCAAGAUAACCACAGGGGCCAGAUGGCUCAGUGCACGAAGACACUUGCCGCCAAGCCUGAAGACACACGGCAGAAGAGUCACUCACACAAGUUGUUAACUUUCUGUGGACUAGUGCACAUUCAGGGUGGCGUGCAGUGUGUGUACACACACACAAAAUGUAAAUAAUAAUAAAAGAUCUAUAGGGAGUUCAUCCCAUGUG